AUGUCAUCUUCCGCCUCGUCGGCCUCGUCGGCCUCGUCGGCCUCGUCGGCCUCGUCGGCCUCGUUGGCCUCGUCCGAGUCGUCGUCAGCAUCGUACUCGGUCUCUGACUCGGGCAUCCGUGGUCGUGGCAAGGGCGAGACCUUCACUCAGCUGCAUGUCAAGAAGCGUAUUGUCUUCCAGCCGGGCUCGGCCCUUCUCACUGCAAAGUCGGAGGCAGAUGUGGAGCAGAUCGCCGAGCUACUGGCCAAGCGGCCCAAGACCAAGCUGACCAUCAUGGGUCACACCUUUGCUCCCGAGCUCCACGAAGGUGCAUCGGGUCAGCAGCUCGCUCCGGGCUCAUCGGCCUUCAAGUCGCUGCUGGAAAAGAUGGAGCAGCUCUCGUUGCAGCGCGCCAAGACCGUCCGCGACGUCAUCCUCCGCCAGGAUCGCAUCUCCAAAAAGUACAUCCAGUGCCUCGGCGCCGGCGACUCGCUCCCGCUCUUUAACGCCUCGGGCGACUACCUUGAGCGCGCCUCGAAGCGGGUGGAGAUCCUCACCCCGGGCCAGGCCCGCCAGCUCGCGCCCACCAUCCGCAAGCUGGCCAAGCUCGUCGCCAAGCGCCGCGUUCGCGCCCAGCGCAAAGCCACCAAGAAGAGCGAUGCCUCGGACUCGGACUCCGACUCGGACUCGAGCCCGAGCUCCGGCUCGGACUCCGGCUCCGACUCCGGCUCCGACUCAAGCUCCAGCUCCAGCUCGGCGGCGGCGGCAGCAGCCUCGGACUCGUCGUAG